AUGGUACGACGAUGUAAUAUUAGCCUUAUUUUGCGCUGGUGCUUGCGGAAGGUUUCGAAAUGGAGGUGUGCUAUUCUUCUGUUAGCGUCUUUUUUCGUGCUGUAUGCGACGUGGCUGAACGGGCAUUGCUUGACGAUGGAUUCGCGAGAAAUCGUUGGUGGAAAAAAUGCCAGUCAGUUGUUUCGGAUGUUCGGCUCGAUUCCUAAACAAACCAUCGUUUCCAACCGUUCAUCAGACGAGCGCCACGAGUUAGACAUUAGGCAAGUUCAUUAUGCGGUCUCGAAAACGGAUGUCUGCGAAAAACAGCACUCGCCGUUCAUCGUCAUUUUCGUCCCCAGCCAUCCGUUGUUUUUCAAGCGUCGCAUGGUACUGCGAAAGUUCUGGAAUCUCUACAGCCAGAAAUUGCAUAAUUUUGCUGUAGUACUGUUGUUCAUCGUCGGUCGUUACGUGGCAGACCUGAGGGUAGAAAUUCAAGUGUCCCUUGCGGUUGACGCGGAGGAAGGCGUGUUCCAUGACAUUCUGAAGGGCACGUUCGAAGACACGUAUGGAAACCUGCUUUUAAAGUCUAUCCUAAUGCUGAAGUGGACCACUGAACACUGCCCGAAGGCAACAUUGAUUAUGAAAAUGGACGACGACGCGGUGAUUGAUUACUCGCAGCUUUCCAAGACACUAGAGCGUUUCGAAAGCCCGAAAAGAACCAUAAUCUGUCAUGUUUGGACUGACUCGAAACCAAGGCGCAAUGCCAGAGAUAAAUGGUUUCUGCCAGAUCGUGAAUACAAUAUUAGCCAAUUCAAGCCUUACUGUUCCGGUUCCGCGUACCUCAUAUCCGGUGAUUCCGUUCCACUUCUUUAUAGGAAAGCCAUGACUUGUCCGGUGGUCUGGUUGGAAGACUUACAUAUCACUGGAAAUCUGGCUUCGGAAUUACAACUGCGACUGGUAGACGUGAGGUUUUACAGGAACUUUCAUAACUUUUACGAUUACCUAUAUCCGUCGUUGAGAUACUGCUGA